AUGGAAAAACCGAACCCUAAUUUCAGGCGCCCUCAACUUUCCCACCACAUUCCUACGUAUCGAGACCUGCCUGGGCAACAACCGUCGGAUGGGUGGGAAGGAGCUAGCGCCCAAUGGAAAUCAGCCAUCCCUCUCUGCUACGAGAUUAGGCUGCUUAAGCAAGCUGGUGUACGAGUGGGAGUGGCGUGUAUAGGCAGUUUGGGGAAUAUCAACGAUGGAGGCCCUCCCUGCCAAUUGACGUGCCUAGUACCUGGUACAACGCAAACAGAGGACGAAGAUAAAGGCAUCCCUAGCGGUUACAAAGGCGGAAGCGGAUGGGGAAUAAAGGCGGAAGCAGAUGGGGAUGUCGGCACUCUCUACUGCGACUGCGGAAGGGGGGCUAAAGGGAACGAGCGGAGCUUCUUCGGAUAA